AUGGCGAAAGUCAUCUUCACGGCGUGGAAACAUAAAUCCCAGUUAAUCGAAGUGCGGAACCAGUUCUAUCCCUCGCCUUCGUACGACGGCCCAGACUUGCGAUCCCGUGCCUGCGCAACGGUUGCGGCUUGGAAAUUGCGCGGUAAUAUCCCCCAUCAUGUCGAGGCCACAGCGCUUCUGACGGAUGCCAUUCUCCAUGACGAUGCGCAGCGGAAUUCGAUCUUUUCAAUUCGGGCAACAUAUUCUGCUGCUUUUUGUCGCUUUGUAACCGGUCUCGUGGACUCCAAGAUCCCCGGCCAGCGCAGGACCAUGUUCCAGCGUGCCGUUGAUCUUGGACUGCCCGCGUCCUUUGUCGAGCUUCGCCACGAGGCGACUCACCGGGAACCACCAUCUCUGGUAGUGCUGCGGAAAGCAACGCAGCGCUCCUUGGAGUGGCUGUGGGACAAUUAUUGGGCCGGCAUCGAUGAAUUUGGCGAGGCGCCCCCUCUCGACUCUGAUGACAUCGCUUCGGUUAAGAAGGCCUUACGUGACACUCUCCUUCCCAUUUCGGGUGGCUCCAACGCCACAGCAGAGCCAUUAUCCAAGAAACGCAAAAGAGACCAGGACCUAAUUACCGCGGCGCAGUUGGUUUCUAUUUGCAACGUGUCAGGUACUGGUGUCCGAGUUCUGCCGAGUGUUUUGCUCGAUGAGUCUAUUUUGAUUCCUGCUGGACGCAAACUCGGAGAGUCUUUGCAUGAUACGUUCGCCAAAUGGGAUACAGUCCUGCGGACGGUCACAGAGAGUGAUCCUUCGUUUAUGAUGUACCUGACAGAGGCCCUGGUGGAUGAUCUGGCGUUUAACGAGGCAAAAGAUACAUCGAGCAAUGCGCAUGCCGAAGUCCUCUUUUUAUGGCUGGAUCAUGUGUCCAGUUCUCCCUUCUGGAUAUCAUACAGGCGAAUGUAUCCACGCAGUUAUGUUCUCCGAGCCUGCGAAGAAAGCUCAGGGCACUGGGCGAAGAUGUUGAGCGCAAAGUUGCAAGAAACCAAGGAAGAGUCUAACGCUGUAUCGGUUCAUGGCCAGAAAUUGGCGAACCCUGCUCAAAAUGGUCAUUCAGAUGCAGCUCCCUUCGCUGAGCUGCGCCAGCAUGGAUGGGGGUUGUUGGACAAAUGGGACAGUCGGCCGUUGGGCAUGGCUUGA